AGAACUAUAUGCACUGACGCAGCCUCAGGAAAACCCACAAUGGCUGCCAAGCGCAAAGGUGGCCUGAAGCUAAAUGCAAUCUGUGCCAAGCUGAGCCGUCAGGUCAUCUUCGACCACGGGGGAGCCGACCAGGCCGGGCCGCAGCGGGAGAGCAGCAACAAGGACCUGCCUCAGCCUGGGACCAAGGAGCUGGGGACGGAGUUUUCGGAUGGACUCAGCCGUGUGCAGAAGAUUGAGGAGGACAAAAGGAGGGAGGUGAUUGAGAAGUGGGUGAACGGGGAAUACAACGAGGAGCCCUUACUGGGGCGAGCGGAGGGCAAGGAAUGUAAGGGCCCCGAGAGCGCGGAGGUGCCCCCCGAAGGGGUUUACAUGGUGCAGCCCAAGGGCUGCAGCGAUGAGGAAGAUAACGGGGAUGAGGCGGACGCUCUGAGAGGCUCACAGGAUGGCAACUUCUUGGAUGACAGGGAUUCAGACGGGCUGGCCUCAAAGAACGAUGCCUACCGCUCCUCCAGCGGCGAGAGAGGGGGGGGAGGAACCGCCUCAGGGGAAGCUUCAUCGCUGCGAGAUUACGCCGCCACCACCAUGAAUGAGUUCCUGGGCAUGUUCGGCUACAACGAUCAGAACAUGCGGGAUGAGCUGGCCCGCAAGAUCAGCUUUGACAAGCUGAACGCUGCUACCUCAGAGGCCGCCUCUCUCUCCGGCGAAGAUGCCAUGAGCAAACGAGCCCGCUUCUCCAAGUACGAGGAGUACAUCCGCAAACUGAAAGCUGGAGAGCAGCUCUCUUGGCCCAUGCAUUUGGCCAAAUCUGAGGAGCUGGGCUCCAAGCUGGGCAAAGAAACUUCCUCAGUGCUGGCACAGCCCAUCCGGGUGCCAGGUCCAGAUGCCUCCAUGCUGACGGAGACCAAAGCCACCAUCCUGCCGCUGCCCUCUCCCAGCAGUUCCCAGAUGCAGGGCCUGAUGUCACGGGCCUCCAAAUAUGACUUCUUCAUUCAGAAGCUGAAGACGGGUGAAAGCAUCAGGCCCCAAAAUGGCAACACUUACAAGAAGGCCUCCAAGUAUGACCUAGAAAAUGUCAAGUACUUGCACCUUUUCAAGCCUGGAGAAGGAAGCCCAGAUAUGGGAGGAGCCAUUGCCUUCAAGACAGGCAAGGUAGGCCGGCCUUCCAAGUAUGAUGUGAGGAACAUUCAGAAGCUCACUCCAGUAAAAGCUCCAACACCCAGCCUGGCCCCUGCUCCCCUCACCAGUACCCCCAGCAGCACUCCCGUGGCUGGGCCGGAGCAGUCCGUCUCAUUGCCAUUCAACACUCCUGAGUACCUGAAAUCAACUUUCUCCAAGACAGACUCCAUCACAACUGGAACAGUCUCUACAGUAAAGAAUGGAUUACCCACUGACAAACCAGCUGUCAGCGAAGAUGUAAAUAUUUACCAGAAGUAUAUUGCCAGGUUCUCUGGCAGUCAGCACUGUGGACACAUACACUGUGCAUACCAGUAUAGAGAACAUUACCACUGCCUUGACCCAGAGUGCAACUACCAGAGAUUCACUAGUAAACAGGAUGUGAUUCGACAUUACAACAUGCACAAGAAACGUGAUAAUUCCCUCCAGCACGGCUUCAUGCGCUUCAGCCCCUUGGAUGACUGUAGCGUGUACUAUCACGGCUGCCACCUGAACGGGAAAAGCACACACUACCACUGCAUGCAGGUGGGUUGUAACAAGGUCUACACGAGCACCUCUGACGUGAUGACCCAUGAGAACUUUCACAAGAAGAACACGCAGCUCAUCAAUGACGGGUUUCAGCGGUUCCGUGCCACAGAGGACUGCGGCACUGUGGAAUGCCAGUUCUACGGGCAGAAAACCACUCACUUUCACUGCAGGCGACCUGGGUGUACAUUCACCUUCAAGAACAAGUGUGACAUUGAGAAGCACAAGAGCUACCACAUCAAAGAUGAUGCCUAUGCCAAGGAUGGCUUCAAGAAGUUCUACAAGUAUGAGGAAUGCAAGUAUGAGGGCUGUGUCUACAGUAAGGCCACCAACCACUUCCACUGCAUAAGGGCAGGCUGUGGCUUCACCUUCACCUCCACCAGCCAGAUGACCUCCCAUAAACGCAAACACGAGCGCCGGCACAUCCGGAGCUCAGGAGUGCUGGGCCUGCCUGCCUCUCUCCUCGGGUCCAAGGAUAACGAGCAAGAGGAGUCGAGUAACGAUGACCUUAUUGACUUCUCCGCUAUGAGCUCAAAGAACUCCAGCCUGAGUGCCUCCCCCACGAGUCAACAGUCUUCCGUUUCUCUCAUAGUCCCAGCUGCACCCUCCUCUGCUGCUGAGCUUGCUUCCUCACAGGCCAGCAAGUCUGCCAACAGCAUGACACCAGCCAUCAAGAUCUCUGGCCUGCUCUCCCAGGCUCUUCCCAGCAAUAUACCCUUGGCCCUGGCACUCUCCAACUCAGGACUUCCUGGAACACCUGGAUCCUUCUUCCCCAUCAUCCCCAGCCGGGUCUCUACACCACUUCCUGCCAGCUCCGCUAAUCUGAUGACGGCUGGUUCUUCUGGCACCAAUCCAACAUCAUCCACCUCUACAGAUUCCGCGUCCCAGACCACUUCGGGGUCUGGUGAGCCAGCGGCGACUUCUUCUCCAGCUCCAGCGGCAUCUAUAAUGGAAAGGAUCUCUGCUAGCAAGGGAUUAAUCUCUCCUAUGAUGGCCAGGCUGGCAGCAGCUGCACUCAAGCCCUCGGUGGCACUUGAAGCAGGGAAUGGACAACCAGCAGCUCCCGGACGGUUCAAUCCAGUGCAGGUGAAGCAGGAAGCUGUGGAGGCCAUGGGAUCGUCAUCUGCCACCAGCCAGGACUCCUUGCAGGAGCACAGCCUGGACCUGAGCGUCAAGGAUCACAGUAAUGAAUCAAAUGGCCACACAGUCUCAGCAAAUUCAUCUCUUUUAUCCUCGCUUAUGAAUAAGAUGUCCAAGACCAGUGCCAGCCUUGGCAUUUUUUCAGAAGGAGAUGACAGCCAGGCUGGGGCUGGAGAGCCAACGCAAUACUUGGGCAAGGCAGUGAAGGCGCUUGUCCAGGAGAAGCUCUCUGAGCCGUGGAAGAUGUACCUGCGCCGGUUUGGUACCAAGGACUUCUGCGACGCGCAGUGCGACUUUCUCCAUAAGGUGCAUUUCCAUUGCGUGGUGGAGGAGUGCGGUGCCCUCUUCAGCACCCUGGAUGGAGCCAUCAAGCACGCCAAUUUUCACUUCCGAACCGAGGGUGGAACAGUGAAAAGUAACUCAGAGUCUCCCUUCUCAACUACUACUGAGAAUAAGGCUUCACUGGCUCCUUCAUCACCAUCUGGUACAGCCGUCACCAUGGCAAGUGCUUCUGCCCUCGACGUGCCCACUCCCAGUCCAGCUGCCGUGCCCUCUGCUCCCACACUGCUCACUUGGAACCAGCUGACUUCAACCAUACCCCAGAUGCCUCAGAUCCCAGCAUCAGUGCCUAACCUGGCAACUUCACCCUUGGCAACGACUUCUCUGGAGAACGCCAAGCCUCAGGUCAAACCCGGAUUCCUGCAGUUCCAGGAGAAUGAUCCCUGCCUGGCAACGGACUGCAAGUACGCCAACAAGUUCCACUUCCACUGUCUUUUUGGGAACUGCAAGUAUGUGUGCAAAACCUCUGGCAAAGCAGAAUCCCACUGCCUGGACCACAUCAACCCCAACAAUAAUUUGGUGAAUGUGCGAGACCAGUUUGCUUACUAUUCGCUGCAGUGUCUCUGUCCGAACCAGCACUGUGAAUUCAGGAUGCGGGGGCACUACCACUGUCUUCGUCCUGGCUGCUACUUUGUCACUAACAUCACCACCAAGCUGCCCUGGCAUGUGAAAAAACAUGAGAAGGCAGAGAGAAGGGCAGCCAAUGGCUUCAAGUAUUUCACCAAGCGAGAAGAGUGUGGCAGACUAGGUUGCAAAUACAACCAGGUGAACAGCCACUUCCACUGCAUUCGAGAGGGCUGCCAGUUCUCCUUCCUGCUCAAGCACCAAAUGACAUCCCACGCCAGAAAGCACAUGAGAAGGAUGCUGGGGAAGAACUUUGAUCGCGUUCCUACUCAGGUUAUUGGCCACACUCCAAGAAAUGAAAAUCUCCCCCAGGUUGGCAGCAUGGCACCCAGCCCAGCCUCAUCAGGAACCCCAGCUUCCUUUCAGGGACCCCCAAGCAUGAUGGACACUGAAACAGAUGAGUACAUGGAUUACACUGGCUGCAGCCCUGGGGGUAUCUCCUCUGAAUCUUCCAAUAUGGACCGCAGCUGCUCCAGCACUCCAGUGGGCAACGAAAGUACAUCUGCAGGGAAUACCAUCACUAUGCCAACUGCCUCAGGGGCCAAAAAGCGUUUCUGGAUCAUUGAGGACAUGUCCCCCUUUGGCAAGCGCCGCAAGACCGCGUCCUCACGCAAGAUGCUGGAUGAAGGGAUGAUGCUGGAGGGGUUUCGGCGCUAUGACCUCUACGAGGACUGCAAGGACUCCAGCUGCCAGUUCUCUCUCAAGGUUACCCACUACCACUGCACGCGGGAGAACUGCGGCUACAAGUUCUGCGGCCGUACCCACAUGUACAAGCACGCCCAGCAUCACGAUCGCGUUGACAACCUGGUAUUGGAUGAUUUCAAACGUUUCAAGUCUUCACUGAGUUGCAACUUCCCAGACUGUCAGUUCUCUGGCAAUAGCACACACUUCCACUGUCUGCGUUGUGGCUUCCGCUGCACUGACAGCACGAAGGUGACAGCCCACCGAAAGCACCACGGCAAGCAGGACGUCAUCAGCGCUGCUGGCUUCUGCCAGUUCAGCUCAAGCGUGGACUGCGAGGUGCCUGACUGCAAGUACAAACUCAAGUGCUCCCACUUCCACUGCACCUACCCUGGCUGCAAACACACCGUGGUGGGCAUGUCACAGAUGGACUCGCACAAGCGCAAACACGAGAAGCAGGAGCGAGGGGAGCUUCCUGCCAUCUCGCCGGGCCCCGAGGGCCUCGCCCACUCCGCUCUCGAGUAUGACAUCCAGAACUCUUCCAUCAACCUGGACAGUUCCCUCAACCUCAGCACUGACAACAACAGCUCCCUCUUCUUCCUGCAGAACGCAGCUGGCGUGGGCCUCAAUGACUCCCUGGACCUCAGCGGGAAGCAGUCAGAAGUCCCCGAAGGUCCAUCGCCGAGCAGAGCCGGGACCGCGCCUCAGGAGAGGGGAGCGAUGGCGUCUGGCUCUGGUGAUGUGGAGGACGAGGAUGACUCUUCCCAAGAGGACAAAGAGGAUGAUGAGGAGGAGAUGAAUGAAGAAGAGGAGGACGAUGAGGAGGAGGAUGAUGAUGAUGACGAUGAGGAGGAUGAUGAAGAAGAAGACUUGAACACAGAUUCUGAAGAAUCGCUGCCUGACCCUGAGGGCCUGGCCACUAAAGAAGAUGGAGACCCAGAGGAGGCUGCUUCUUCCACAGACCAUGGCGAUGCUUCCAGGCCACAGGGCGAGCCAGCCCCAACUCCAGCCCCAGCCGCUGCCCCAGCCUCGACCAUUGCUCCAGCAGCUUCUCCUUAA